ACUGUUCGUGAAGGGGGAGGAAAAGCAGGGCCUUUUAAAAAGGGAAUCACAACAACUUUUGCUGCCAGGAUGCCUUUGCUUUGGAAGAGAGGAUUUCUGUUGGUGCUUUGCUGGAUUAUAGUGAGGAGUUCCCCAACCCCAGGAUCCGAGGGGCACAGUUCAGUCACUGACUGUCCAUCAUGUGCCCUUGCCACGCUCUCAAAGGAUGUGCCCAGCUCACAGCCUGAGAUGGUGGAAGCAGUAAAGAAGCACAUACUGAACAUGUUGCACUUGAGGGACAGACCUAAUAUCACCCAGCCAGUGCCCAAGGCAGCACUUUUAAACGCCAUCAAAAAACUCCACGUGGGAAAGGUGGGAGAGGAUGGUUAUGUGGAAAUAGAGGAUGAUGUUGGAAGAAGAGCCGAAAUGAAUGAAGUUGUGGAGCAAACCUCAGAAAUCAUCACUUUUGCAGAAUCAGGCACAGCCAAGAAAAUGUUGCACUUUGAGAUUUCCAAGGAAGGCAGUGAAUUAUCAGUGGUGGAGCAUGCUGAAGUGUGGCUCUUCCUGAAGGUCUCCAAGGCCAACCGGAGCAGGACAAAAGUCACCAUCCGCCUGUUUCAACAGCAGCGGCAGCCAAAAGGCAAUUAUGAAGGAGCUGAGGAUGCAGAGGAUGGGGGACUGAAAGGUGAAAAGAGUGAGACUUUGAUUUCAGAAAAGGCAGUGGACACCCGUAAGAGCACUUGGCACAUCUUCCCCGUCUCCAGCAGUGUCCAGAGACUCCUGGACCAAGGCAAGAGCUCUCUGGAUGUGCGGAUUGCCUGUGACCUGUGUCAAGAGACAGGAGCCAACCUGGUGCUACUGGGUAAGAAGAAGAAAAAAGAAGAUGAUGGGGAAGGGAAAGAAAAGGAAGCUGGAGAAUUCACAGUAGAAGAGGAGAAGGAGCAAUCACAUCGGCCCUUCUUGAUGAUGCUUGCCCGGCACUCAGAGGAUCGCCAGCACAGGCGGCGGAGACGAGGCCUGGAGUGUGAUGGCAAAGUCAAUAUCUGCUGCAAGAAGCAAUUCUUUGUCAGCUUCAAGGACAUAGGAUGGAGUGACUGGAUCAUUGCUCCUACAGGUUAUCAUGCCAACUACUGUGAAGGAGAGUGUCCCAGCCAUAUAGCAGGCACAUCUGGUUCAUCAUUAUCUUUCCACUCCACUGUCAUCAACCACUACCGCAUGCGGGGCCAUAGCCCCUUUGCCAACCUCAAAUCAUGUUGUGUGCCCACCAAGCUCCGGCCUAUGUCCAUGCUCUACUAUGAUGAUGGCCAGAACAUCAUUAAGAAAGACAUACAGAAUAUGAUCGUGGAGGAGUGUGGCUGUUCGUAGAUGCUGGUGUGCACAAGACCCUUGUUAAGAAAAUGUAUCAGAAGCCCAAGAAGAAGAAAGACCAGACAUGGUAUAAUCUUUUUUGAGUGAAUUAAUAAUCAGAAAUAUAAGCAAAAAACAGUAAAGAGCAAGAAAAGGGAGAGAGAGAAAAAGAAAAAAAAAAAAAAAGACUUAAGGAGGAUCAGAAAAGACUUCAGCUAUAAAAAUGGAAGAAAGCGUCAUGAAGCUGGGCUUGAAUAAGAUAGGUCUGAAUGGUGGUAUGGAUUGGGGAUUUCCCCUUCCUUUCAGUAUGCUUCUUAUCUUGUUACAUAGUAUACUAAACAUUAGUUACUACUAGGGGAAGGAAGUUCUGUUCCCUCCCUUAGUUACCCAUCAGGUCAAGCCAUGGUAGCAGCUCACCUAACCUGCAGAAAUUUGGACAAAGUCCAAAAGGUCAAUGAAAAGCCAUGUGUACGAUUACUACAGUCACUGGCGCUUUCCCCCCACAUUUACAGAGCCACUGAGUAGGUGUGUAGUGUUUGUGUUUGUAUAUAUAUAUGGCUAUGUAUACAUGCCUCUAUACAUACAGACACAAUACACGUACAUAUACUUAACAUUGGUCAAGGGUCAAUAGUGUGCAGGUGUGUACACCUACAUCUUCUGCACUACAUUUA